AUGUUUGACUACCUUGCCUCGCGACCCACGAUCAGACAUCCGCAUAUUGCAUUGGAGGAGAUCAUCAACGGAAGCGAUGGCCCUCCUGCCAGACCAGGCUUUCACGACGCUAUCGGCUUCAUAGUGAGAGCGUCAUGUCCGGCGGGGAAUAUCCUGGAAUUCCUCAGCGCGUGCCCUAAACGGGAUUCCGAGAAACUGAGUCUCGUGGCUCAAGUUGCCAGCGCCCUGCACUAUCUACACUCGCUUGACGUUGUGCAUGGAAACGUUUGCCCGACCAACAUCUUAAUUACGGACAACAACCAAGCCGUCUUAACAGACACUGGUAUAUAUAGUGCCAUUGUCGACUAUAUCUUCGCGCCAUCCGGGCGAGUACCGAUCCCGCCGUCGGCACCCUACAAACCCCCCGAGGAGCUCAAAGAAUCUGCUGAAGAAGUGGUGGCGCGAACUACGGACAAGGAUGUUUACAGCCUUGCGAGUUCAACGUAUGAGAUCAUGUCUGGCCUGAAGCCGUUUGCCAACAUGCGGCCCUAUACCUGUGUCGUCGAGAUCACCCGUCGUGGCCACCUUUCUCUGGCUCAGCCCAAGGAGAUCAACGUCGGAUUGUGGCAACUACUCCGCGCAUGUUGGGCGAUCGACCCGGGAGAUCGACCCACCAUGCAAGACGCUGUAGGGCAACUCGAAACGCUUCUCGCUGAAGAGGUUUAA